UCUCUCCUUUCCCAAUGUCGAUAAUUUUUUUGUCAUAUCUCGUGUCCAUGCUGGCGCUUAGAUCGAGAUCUAUGUAUGAGUUGUAACCUUAUUUUUUUUUUAUUAUGGUAUCUUAGUUGUUAGGAAGAUUCUUGUAGCCACCUUUUACGUUAGACCCAAAAAAAAAAAAAAGUGAUUGUCUAUGCGUAUAUAUACCCGACGCCUUUGUAGUUCAACUCACAAAACAAACUCUACAUUCAUUUUCUUAAAAGGUCUCAAAGCACACGACCAUCUCUCCGUUGCCUUCAUAAGCACUUAAACAAUCAUGCCAACAUCAGCAACAAUGGUAGCUCCAUCAACUGGAUCUUUCCCCAAAAAAGAUCAAGAAUGGCGUGCGAUUUUGUCUCCUGAACAAUUCAGAGUUCUCAGGGAAAAGGGCACAGAAGCCCGAGGUAAAGGAGAGUAUACCAAACUGUUCGACGACGGAACCUAUAGCUGCGCUGGCUGUGCAACUCCUCUUUAUAAGUCCACCACUAAGUUCGACUCUGGUUGUGGCUGGCCGUCCUUCUUCGAUGCUAUCCCUGGUGCCAUUAAAAAAACGCCGGAGGCAGGAGGGAGACGAAUGGAGCUCACGUGUGCGACAUGUGAUGGACAUCUAGGUCAUGUUGUCAAAGGAGAAGGUUUUCCCACAGCGACCGAUGAGCGUCACUGCGUCAACAGUGUUUCUCUCAAGUUUUCCGAAAUUUCUUCCCAAUAAUUCGAUAUAUCCAUGUUUGAUGACCGCUCUUGUUCGACCAAUUCAUCUCCUUCAAGAAAAUGUGAAGAUCAAGUGUGAUCGUUUGAGAUUGUUAUGUUGUGUUUCGUUCCUAGUCAUGCAUGUGUGAUAUGCUCUCAUUGUUGUUUGUCACUUGUGUGAUUUUUUCUCUCUCAAUUAUAUAUAUAUCAUAUGGAUUCCAUUGACCACCUUGAUAUGUUAAAUGUAAAUCCGAUAUAAUAAAAUUUGGCUUUUGUAUCA